UGUGGUAUCGGUAAACUUAUCGAUGCCAAGUAUCGUAAAAACGUAAACAUUUGGCAACACGUGCGCUGAUUUUAAAAAUUUAUGAUAAAAAAUGGAAUUAUUUACAGUGAAUCGUUAUACGGAGGACUUAAACAUAUCCGCCAAACACGGCGGCGAAGCUGCAAACGAAGAUGCAAUUUUACAAAAGUUGCUGCAGAAAGCAGAAAAACGCAAAAGAAAACACAAAAGCAGCGAAUUAGAAAAAUCUAAGAAAACUGUUGCUGCCCAAGAGGAAGCAAAGAAUGCUGAAGCAACAACUCCACAAGAUGAGGCUGCAGAAGAAGCAACACAGGAACCGGAGUCCAAGGAAGCGGAGGCUUCAAACGAUUUUCAAGUUGUGGGCGCCUCCUCUGUGAAAAGACAGAAAGUGGAAAUGGUGUUGCCAGCUUGGCUGGCACAUCCCACAAUUAUUGAAGGAGGCAAUCUAAUACCCGGUAAGGAUGCUGAAGCGUCUGUGGAUGAGGCUGCCAUCAAGCAGCUGUCUUAUCUGGAGAAGUUCACUUGCAGCGCCUUGAAGCAAAUGAAAAUCAAGCGAUUGUUUCCUGUGCAACGUGCUGUCAUACCCUGGAUACUGGAGGCACAUGCCAAGCCAGAGCCGUUCCGUCCACGUGAUAUUUGCGUCUCGGCUCCCACGGGCAGCGGCAAGACAUUGGCCUUUGCCAUACCCAUUGUCCAGCUGCUGGCCAAUCGUGUUCAGUGCAAGGUGCGUGCUCUGGUGGUGCUACCUGUAGCUGAGCUGGCUUUACAGGUGUACAAGGUGUUCAACGAGCUGUGCAGCAAGACGGAGCUGGAGGUGUGCCUACUGUCCAAGCAGCAUCGCCUGGAGGAUGAGCAGGACAAGCUGCUGGAGCAGUACAAAGGCGUCUACUACUCCAAAGUGGACAUAGUGGUGACCACACCCGGUCGCUUAGUGGAUCAUUUGCAUGCCACCAAGGGAUUCUGCUUGAAGUCGCUGCAGUUCCUGAUCAUCGAUGAGGCAGAUCGCAUUAUGGACGCUGUCUUCCAGAACUGGCUCUAUCAUUUGGACUCGCAUGUGCGCACCACAACCGAUCAACUGUUGGCGGGGGUCCAGGCACCACUGUGCCACCAGGAGCUGCUCAAUAGCUACAACAAGCAACCCCACAAGUUGCUCUUCUCGGCAACCCUCUCACAGGAUCCCGAGAAGCUGCAGAAUUUGCGUCUGUUUCAGCCAAAACUGUUCACCACUGUCUUGACGAUGCCAACGCUGCCGACAACGUUGGAGAAUGGAGAGCAAGCCGAACAGGAUGUGGCACAGAGUAGUCAAUUCAUUGGAAAAUACACCACGCCCGCAGAGUUAACGGAGCAAUUUUGCCUGACGGAGAUGCGCUAUAAGCCGCUUACUUUGUAUGCACUGGUGCAGCAGUAUGGCUGGAAGAGAUUCCUCUGCUUCACCAACAGCGCAGACACAGCCAGUCGCUUGGCCUUUGUGCUCAAGAAUCUGUUCAAGGACACACCAACGAUGGUAUCCGAAUUGUCGGGCAAGUUGGCGGCGACGGAACGUAAAUCGCGACUAUCACAAUUCGCUCGUGGUCAAAUCAAUGGCUUGAUCUGCUCAGAUGCACUUGCCCGUGGUAUUGAUGUGCCCAAUGUGGACAUUGUGUUGUCCUACGAUGCACCUCGUCAUAUCAAGACUUAUAUACAUCGUGUUGGACGUACGGCGCGUGCUGGACAAAAGGGCACAGCCAUAACAUUGCUCACCGAUAAGGAUCAGGAGCAGUUCAAGAAAAUGCUCUACGAGGUAGGCAAAUCAAUGGGUGAAGAGAUUAGUACCUCGCCGGACAUUGAAUUCGAUCACGCGGCCAUCUACAAGAAUGCUCUGGAAGCCUUACGCAUACGCCAAGACAAACUUGCAAAGGAGAGUCGUGUCCUGAAGAUGCGCAACUCACGCAAAGCGAAGCUGCACAAGGAUGCAGCUGUUGUUGGUGAAAUGACGCUCAUGGAGAAGCUGCAAUUCAAGGCAGUCGCUGAUUUACGGACUGAGAAAAUUGAACCGCCAAAGCCAAAGGCAAAGAACACACCGAAACCCAAGAAAGUAAAGCAAAAACGCACAAUUAAAAAGUAGACGACACGCUUCUACAGAUUCAAUAAACACCUUGUUAAUUCUAUAGAUUUAAGUUGAAAUAUAUGUAUACUGAUUAUGUUUAUGUA